GAUGAUCACGUCGAAGAGGGUGACGAUGCCGUCGAUGAUGGCCUUGCAGACGGAGCCGAUGGUGUUGACGAUGCCCAUUAGGCAGGCGCCAAUGGCGUGGAAGACGCUUUGGAUCUGGGGAUUGUCAGUUAGCUUUAUACUCUCUUAUUGAAGAUGGGAUGGAGGCGGGGGGGGAAGCAUACACAAGAGACGACGGCGCCCAUUUUGAAUUAUGUAUUUGGUGGUUGUUGUUCGGUAGAAUGUAUGUGUGUAUGUGUGUAUUCAGCGGUUGAGUUUGCAGUAGUGUUGUUCAAGUAUCGAAGACCGGUAUCGACGAGAACUUAUUUAGCAGUCUUAGUCCCCUGAGACGAAUAACUUGAAGAAGCAGUAGAGUGGACAGUGGGAUCAGUAAAAGGACGCAUUGUAUGCUUUCUUUCUCUCUCUCUUGCUCUGUGGUGAGAAUCAGUGCAGUAUAAAUAUCCCGUGUCGUGCCUUAGAAGACUUGUCAAACUUCAAAUGAUGUAUGUCUCAAACGAAAAGAAAAAAAGAUUGACAUGGCUUCCCCCACCACCCGCCGACGAACAACACGGGACAGACAGAAAUUGCAUGCGAUGCCGUCAUACCGUCAUAGUGAUUCUAUGGCUCUAUGCCUUGGUUGCAGUCACUGACCGUCUCAGGCCUCACGGAAAAGGAAAACCCUUGCGGAUCGCUCCCGAAAAAGGUCUCGCCACUGAUAGUAAGGUAAGGCUGGCUGGUUCGAGAACCACCUUUUUUUCCGUUACUUAGUAUUUGUGGCUGCUUUUUGG